UUUAAGCACGUUGGUGAUAAGAGCGUGCGACAGCCGACAGGUGAUUGGAUCACAUCGUUUCGUCUACCUCUCAAAUGCACAAAUAUAGAAGUAAUAAAUCGCUCAAAAAAUUAUCGCAAGAAUGAAGGAACAGUGCAGAUUGGCAACAAUAGUAGUGACAGUGGCCCUAUUGUUGCAAAAGUCACAAUGUUACAGUGUCGAGAGAUAUUCUCUCCUGAUGCCAGAUGUCAAGCCCAAUAUUCCCGAGUUGUACUUGUGCACACCUGUCAAAAUGAACUCGACGUCGAGUUAUUAUAUUGUUGGAUUUGAACCCAAUGCGACGAUGAAUACGGCCCACCAUAUGAUUCUUUAUGGGUGUAAAAAACCCGGUGCUGCAAAGCCCGUCUGGAACUGCGGAGAAAUGUCACAAUCCAGUAAUGAUCUGGACACUGCUGGACCCUGCAGCGAUGGGUCUGAGAUUUUGUACGCGUGGGCGAGAGACGCUCCUGACCUAAUCCUCCCAGAGGGAGUGGGUUUCAAAGUCGGUGGUGACUCUCCAAUAGAAUACCUAGUUCUCCAAGUCCACUACGCGCACGUGGAUCACUUCAGGGGUGGAAAAACCGAUGAUUCCGGUAUAUUUCUGCGGUACACGAGGCAACCAAUGAGUAAGCUCGCUGGUGUCUUCGUCCUGGGCACAGCUGGUGGGAUACCAGCGUGGAAGGCUGAGAAGAUGGAGACAGCUUGCACCCUCAAGGAGAACAAAACUAUUCAUCCGAUCGCUUAUCGAACGCACACACAUUCUCUCGGGAAAGUUGUCGCGGGAUAUGUUAUCAGAAAUAAUUCGUGGGUGGAGCUCGGCAAGAGGGAUCCAUUGACUCCACAGAUGUUCUAUCCUGUUCACAAUAACAUGCCCAUCACUAAGGGCGACACACUGGCUGCAAGGUGCACAAUGCAGAGCAAUCGGCCCAGGUGGACGAGCAUUGGAUCAACUGGUGCAGACGAAAUGUGCAAUUUUUAUUUGAUGUAUUAUGUGGACAGUGGGGAGCCUCUCAACAUGAAGUACUGCUUCAGUGAAGGACCACCUGCGUAUUACUGGAAGUCUGCUGGUUUUGUUAAUAUACCUGAUAUCGAGGCAUCAUCAUUGUAAAUUAAUUCGUCGGGCUUGUGAUAGCACGUAAGAAAUUGAAACGAAAAAUCUGAGGCUUUUUUUGAAAGUUAUAUUGAAUUGGA